CUAAAGUGGUUUGAUUCAGUUGUCUAAGUUUCUCACAUUCAAAAUCCCAAAGGCAAUCAAUUUAAGUUCACACCACAUUACAGCAGUAUGUCCAGCACCAGCAAGAAGGGACGACGACACGGACAGGGGCAAGAGCAGGGAAAUGGGCAGAGGCAGAGGCAAUCCAAGUUGCAAGAGAAUCCGGAGCAACUAGAGAUAAGCACAAAGGGCACGAAUACCACCACAAAGCAAGUGGAAUUGGCAAUGCAUACCAAGACACCAUCUGAAGAACUAACCAAUCAUAAUGGGUUAACAGUUGACAGUCAGUCUCGACAGCAGGCAAAUCUUACGGCAGCUGGUCAGAAUGCUGAGGAGUUGCCAGAGGACUUAGAUAACCAAUGGGGUCACUUUCUGCGCGUCCUGACCCGCUGCCUGAUGUAUUGCAGCGCUCGUAUUGCCACUGGCUUUGGUUUGAGCCGUCAACAGACUGCUUGGUAUAAGCAUUGCUGGGACAAUCCUGGCCAGCGACCACGUGGCAUCAGUUUUUUGGGUGCACAUGAGGAUUAUCUGCCGCCAAGUGGCACAAAUAACGAAGAUCCCUCCAUUUGAUUGCUUUGCGUUUUUUGUUGGCAUACAUAAAUAUUAUUGAAACUGUAAAUCAAACCCGUUAAGCAAUAAUAAGAUUUCAUUACAUCCCCAAACA